AUGAAACAACGCUUCUCAUCACUCGAUGUCAAGGUCAUUGCGAAUGAAUUGUCCAAUUCCCUCACUGGGCUCCGUCUCUCAAACGUCUACGAUCUUUCCAGUCGAAUUUUCCUGUUCAAGUUCGCCAAACCCGGGAAACGGGAGCAACUUCUCCUAGACUCGGGCUUUCGCUGCCACUUGACCUCAUUCUCGCGAACCGCAGCCACUCAGCCGUCCGCCUUUGUUAGCAGACUACGCCAUUAUCUCAAAAGCAAACGUGUCACCGGGGUCGAUCAGGUGGGCACCGACCGAGUCAUAGAAAUUUCCUUCAGCAACGGACUGUACCGCUUGUUCUUAGAAUUCUUUGCUGCGGGAAAUAUCGUCGUCACCGAUGCGGAUCUCAAUGUUCUCGCGCUUCAACGGCAGGUCAAUGAAGGAGACGCGGAUGUGGAUAUCAAAUUGGGCGGGAAGUACAUCCUCGAGCCGAAACAGAAUUUCAACGGCGUGCCUCCCAUAUCGGAAGAAAGAGUCAGGAACGUUCUUCAGAAGGCGGUUGACCGCUCGAAGAUUGCAAAAGAGGUGGGUGGUAAGAAAGCGAAACGAGCAAAGGGCAUUGACGACGUAGCUAAAGCUUUGAGUGCCGGCUUCACGGAGUUUCCUCACCACCUGCUUGAGCAUGCUUUUAAAGAAGCUGGCGUCGACGCGACAUUGAAAGCGGAAGAUGUGUUGGGAGACCCGCAGUCUCUGCGCUCAGUCAUGAAAGCAUUGGAGAUCGCAGAUCAAAUUUUCAAGUCACUGGGAACUGGACAAUCGAAAGGUUACAUUAUUGCAAAGCAGAAAUCUCCCCCAUCACGCGAGGCGGAGUCUUCAGGCGCACAAGAAGUGAUGAGGGACUCCAUACUCUAUGAUGAUUUCCAUCCAUUUCGGCCGAGCCAGUUUGGGAACAGGCCCGGCAUCCACAUUCUCGAGUUCGACGGCUUCAAUCGUACGGUUGACGAGUUCUAUUCGUCCAUCGAAUCUCAGAAGCUGGAAUCUCGAUUGACGGAGAGGGAAGAACUCGCGAAACGAAAAUUGCAAAUUGCGAAAGACGAGCACGAAAAGAGGUUGAUGGGCCUUCAACAGGUGCAGGAAUUGCAUGUCCGAAAGGCGCAAGCCAUCGAGGCGAACACUCACCGCGUAGAGGAAGCGUGUGCUGCAGUCAAUGGUCUGAUCGCACAAGGCAUGGACUGGGUAGAUAUUGGGAAGUUGAUCGAGAACGAACAGAAAAGAGGUAAUGUUGUGGCUCAGAUGGUCAAGCUACCCCUCAAGCUGGAGGAGAAUACUGUGACUCUUCUGCUUGACGAACCCGGCUUCGAUGAAGGCUACGAGAGUGACGAGGGAGAUGAAACUGACGAAGAGGUUGACUCUGACGAGGAAGCUGAGGAGACUCGAGUUAAAGGCCUACCUUCAAUGGACAAACGAUUGGCUAUUGAUAUUGACCUUGCACUCUCUCCUUGGGCAAACGCACGCCAGUACUAUGACCAGAAAAAGUCUGCAGCAGUCAAGGAAAAAAAGACCGUGGAAGCAUCCGCAAAGGCCCUCAAGUCUGCUGAGCAGAAGAUAGACGCAGAUCUCAAGAAGGGCUUGAAGCAAGAGAAGGCUGUCUUGAGGCCGGCACGGAAACAGUUCUGGUUCGAAAAGUUCUUAUACUUCAUCUCCAGUGACGGAUAUCUUGUUAUUGGAGGCAAAGAUGCCCAACAGAACGAGCUUCUCUACAGGAGAUACCUGAAGAAGGGCGACGUUUACGUACACGCCGACUUGCAAGGAGCGUCAAGCGUGAUUGUGAAGAACAAUCCGCGAACGCCGGAUGCACCAAUUCCUCCUUCUACCCUUUCUCAAGCCGGUACAUUGACCGUCUGCACGAGCAGUGCAUGGGACUCGAAGGCGUUGAUGGGGGCCUGGUGGGUCAAUGCAGACCAAGUGAGCAAGACGGCCCCAACUGGUGAGUAUCUCACUACAGGCGGGUUCAUCAUCCGAGGACACAAAAAUCAAUUAGCGCCGAGUCAGUUACUUCUUGGGUUUGGGGUCCUGUGGCUGAUCAGCGAAGAGAGCCGAGUCAACCAUGGCAAGCAUCGGAUAGAACGGACGGAGAGCAUGCUUCCAGGGGAGGCUGAAGCCUUAGCUAACGAUGUAAGGGGCUUUGCUAUUGAGGAAGAAGGCAUUUCAGAAGACACGGGUCCAGAUCAACAACAAGCAGUACCGGAUGUUGAAGAUGCUGCCGAUGCUGCUGUGGAAGAAAAAGAAGAGGAUGACCGUGGAGGACCAUUUAAUGAGGUGCCCGAUCAGUCAGGGCAGGCUGAUGUUGACAGUGAUGACCGUAACUCCACGGACGCUUCGGAGGCAGAGGAAGAAAGGUCGAACCCUUUGCAGGUGAACCCUGCUCAAUCCCACAAAGAUGCAAAGAGGGAUGAUUUUGAUGCGCCCUCGAUCGGGAUUGAAGACGAGACAAAAGAGCCGCCCUCAGACGAGGUCUCGCACGGAGAAGAGUCCGACGAGGACACCCCAGCGUCGACGCAGCCAUCUACGCGGGCAUCGACGCCGGCUUCCUCGUCACAACCCAUGGCGAAGUCUAGACCAGCGCAGCUUGCUCGAGGAAAACGUACCAAGCUCAAACGCGCCCAAAAGAAAUACGCCGACCAAGACGAAGAGGACCGUGCUCUAGCCAUGCAGCUCCUCGGGUCCAACCGCGCACAAGAACGCAAAGAAACAGCCGAAUCAGAAAAGGCUGCCCGCGAAGCCAAGGCUCAGGCAGACAAAGAACGACGGCGGGCACAACAUGCCAAGGCGGCGGAGAAGGAGCGUCUCCGUCGCGAGAGGCUCGAAAGGGCGGCCGGUGGCAGCGGUGCCAAUGGCGGAGAAGGGGAGCCCGACCUAGACGAGGACGACGAAUUGAGCAGGGAGCAAUUGGAACAGGAGCGGCGCGAACUCUUGGACAUCGACCGGCUCGUCCCCCUGCCGGAACCGGGCGACGAGCUCCUCGCCGCCAUCCCCGUCGUGGCGCCGUGGACCGCCUUGGCCCGCCAGAAGUACAAGAUCAAGCUGCAGCCCGGCAACGUCAAGAAGGGCAAAGUGGUCCGCGAGGUCGUGGGCUUCCGGACCUCGCUGGGCGCCCGGGGUCCUAAGGUCGUCGACGAUCAGAACCAUGCAAGGGAGCGGGUCUGGCGCCGCGAGCUGGACUUGUUGAAGGAGUGGAGGGUGGAAGAAAUCGUCGGGGCCUUGCCGGUCAAGGGCUGUCGGAUUGUCCAGAGUGGAGGGCUGGGAGGGGGGUUGGGAGGCGGUGGUAGCGGAGGAGGGAAGGGUAGCGGUGGCGGUGGUGGGAAGGGGAAGGGAAAGGCAGGUGGAGGUGGGAAGAAGGGAAGAUGA